CUUUAGGUCACACACCAUGCAAUUUGUGUACUGAAAUGGUUUUUUCUCAGCUGAUUAUUUAAAUUAAUCAAAAUAUAACAUGUAAAUCGCUUCAAAAUGGAAAGUUUUGGUACAUUAAAGUGAAAAUGUAUUUUUAUAAAAGUCAUAGUCAACAAUAAAAUAAAAUCCAGUAAAAUAAAAUACUUUGAGCUACAGCUGACAGAUAUACUAAAACCAAUUGAAUCAAUAUGGGCAAGCAUAAGACUUCUAUUCAAGACGAUAUAAUGGUGGAGUUUAUGAAAGACAACCCGGAGAUCGCCAGGGGUUUCGUCAAAGGAGACCGCGCAGCAACAGAUGCCAAAUGGUCAAAGCUGACAAAAGCAUUAAAUGCAGAAGGACCCCCAACUAAGGAUCCAUCAGGGUGGAAGAAGGUAUGGUCUGACUGGAAAAUUGUGGUACGCAAGAAACUGGUCCGAAACAAGCAGGAGGUCGAGAGUGCUGGCGGCGAGCCAUACUCCCUGGUGGCUAUCCAGCCAAUCGAGGAGGAGAUUGCUUCCUUGUGCGGCCUUUUUGCGAUGGUGAAUGGAGUAGGAGGAGGUUUCGAUUUUGGAACACCUAUAAAGCAAGAGGUAGGCCAAUUAGAGGAAUCGCCAUUGUCUCCAAUAUCGACGACCCGGUUUGGUGAGGAAUCGGAAGCUGAAGCAGAGCCCAGAGCGAAACGUGCUCGCCCGUCUGCUCCACCUUUGAAUUUGGAGAAUCUCUGCUCUCUACAAGCAGAAACUUUGAAUUCGGUGGCUGAAACUUUGAAAGAAAUGAAAGAGCAGCAAAGCAGCCAUUUCAAAGCUUUGGAAGAAAUAGAAAGGGAGAAGCUUGAGGUUUUAAAAAAGCUAUUAAAUUAAAACAUUAGGACGGCCUAGCUGAGCAAGUGUACCAGCUAUCUCUAUUGCGAGUAUUGAUGGUCUUCUUAUUCAAUUCCAUUGUCAUCUUCCCGAGGUCCGGCCCAAACUAAAUAAUCUGCGACUGGCAGAAACGACAAGCAGAAACUUUGAAUUCGGUGGCUGAAACUUUGAAAGAAAUGAAAGAGCAGCGAAGCAGCCAUUUCAAAGCUUUGGAAGGAAUAGAAAGGGAGAAGCUUGAGGUUUUAAAAAAGCUAUUAAAUUAAAACAUUAGAACGGCCUAGCUGAGCAAGUUUACCAGCUAUAUCUAUUCACGUGCGAGUAUUGAUGGUCUUUUUAUUCAAUUCCAUUGUCAUAUUCCCAAAAUCCGGCCCAAACUAAAUAAUCUGCGACUGGCGAUUUAAGUAUGCGGUAGAUAUUGAGGAAGGCGCUGCAAGUAUUAAUAUUGCUGCAUGCGAAUAUGGGGUCAUUGUUAAAUGAGCGUCGAAGGGUCUAAGCCUACUUUUAAGAACUCAUAAAACACUUUACUACCUUUUCUUAUACCUACUAAUUAGUAUAUACAUACAUAUACAUAUGUACAAAAAAAAAAAUUUCAUAAACAUCGAUCGAGCCGUUUCAACAACAAGAUUUGUGUAUAUUAGAAGAGAAACAAAUAGCAAAAUGAUACCAAUGUGUCAGUAUUGAGUGUUUUUGUUGAAAUAAUGGUUUUGUAAAUAAUAUAUGAACAUAUAAAUUUAAUCAAAUAUACAAUAUUUAAUUUAACGUA